AUGUAUACAUCGGGUACCGAAGGCAUCCAGAAAGAUUUCAACAUUUCAUCUGAUAUAGUUGUGCUUUUGGGUCUCACUACAAAUCUCUUUGGUCUCGCAAUAGGUUCUGUCAUUCUUUCUUCACUGUCCGAGGUAUAUGGACGGCGACUUGUCUACCUAGUCUCGGUGACCUUAUUCGCCCUUAUGAUUUUGCCCGUGGCUUUAGCAAAGAAUAUUGAGGCAGUCCUGAUAUGCAGAUUCUUUGCUGGUUUUUUUGGAGGUGCCUGGAUUGCAAGUGCCCCAGGAAGUGUUACUGAUGUAACGGAUGAUGAAUAUCGUGCUCUCGCCUUGAGCUGUUGGAGUCUUGGAACAAUGAAUGGUCCAGUGCUCGGUAUGCUUUCGUUCACUAUGAAAUUCAAUUCAGUAUCUGACGAGUCGACUGCAGGUCCCAUAAUUGGUGGUUUCGUCUACCAGUAUCUUGGUUGGCGAUGGAUAAACUGGGUUGUCUUGAUAUGCUCUGGAGUCUCAUUUGUCCUCAUGUUCUUUGUCAAAGAAACUUAUGCGCCAGCGCUUCUUCGACAACGAGCGCGAAAACGGCAACAGGAAACUGGUGAUCAAAGAUGGUGUAUAUUCUGGAAUCUCUACGUCGGUGUUGUUUAUGCGGUACUAUUCCUAUGCUUUGUCGCAUAUCCGAUCGUAUUCGAACAGCUUAGAGGCUGGACUCCCGGUAUCGCUGGGCUCGCUUAUUGUGGCAUUGGAACAGGGACCGCAGUUGCAGUGUCCAUCGAACCAUUGAUCAGACGGAUAAUUCAAAGACAUCCAAAAGAUCCCGUCACUGGUCGUCCACCUCCAGAGGCUGCUGUCUUUGCUGUUUGUGUUGGUAGUCUCAUGAUUCCCAUUGCAGAAUUCUGGUUUGCGUGGACUGCGCGACCACCAGUUCACUGGAUCUGCCCAAUCCUUGCGGGUCUUCCUUUUGGAUUCGGAAAUGGUUUAGUAUUCAUCUAUGCGACGAACUAUCUGGCUGGGAGUUAUACUGUCUACGCAGCCUCAUCCCUUUCUGGGAACUCGAUUAUUCGGUAUGGUCUUGCGGGUGUCCUCCCUCUUGCUGGGAAUAAAAUGUAUGAUACGCUGGGUCCGGAGUGGGCUGGAACAAUGCUGGCUCUGAUUGAGGUGGUUUUGAUUCCUAUCCCUUUUAUCUUUUAUAAAUAUGGUCACAAGAUUAGAAUGCGCAGUCCCAUGAUUAUGAAAGGGAUCCGCUAG